CCCCCAAAAUGAGGCUCCCCCAUUUCUGGCUUUUUUCGCUCUUUUGCUUUGCCUCCUCCCAAAAGAUCCCCAGGUUGAAGCUGAUUCCAAAAGAUGUUCCCGUAUUAAAGUUUGAAGAGAGGGAACGGCUGGCAGCCAUGUUCCACGACACCGGUUCCAACCAGGUGUUCAUCGGAGGCCGAGGACUGCUAUGGGUGCUGACGUUUACAGGUUCCAAGGUCACUCGAAACCAGAUCGCUAUGAAGGCCGAGGAGAAGGCAGAAAGGGACUGCCAGAGGAAGACAGGAGCAAUGAAGGAAGAUUGUGAUAAUUUCAUCCGUGUAAUUCAGAGGUUGGACAACAAAAUAAUCGUCUGUGGAACCAACGCGGCUACUCCCAAGUGUUGGUUUGUGAUCAACGCCACAAAACUGCAAGAGGACAGGCCAGGCCAAAAGUUUACCCUUUUGGCAGGAGAUUUCGUCCCGUCAUCGCCAUCGCAGAAUGCUGUGGCCAUCGCAGUGGAGGGCGACCUUUAUUCUGCGUUAUCUGGCAACAAAAGCACAAUCCGGAGAAGCUAUGGAAAUAAAAAGGGAAUUAAGACCGAAGAUAGCUGGCUUGCCAAUGCGGAAUUUGUCGGAGCCGCCUUGCUGCCAGAGAAAGAUCCGAGCAAGGACGAGAUUUUCUUCUUUUACAACGACGUCAACCAGACAGCUGGGCUGGACGAGGAACCGUUCAAAGCUCGCCUGGGACGUGUCUGCAAGGUGGAUCAGGGUGGAAGGUCCAUGCUUAUGAAUUCCUGGAGCACGUUCCUCAAGGCGCGGCUGGUGUGCGGACAUCCCAAUGAACCGAUGCGUUUCCACCACCUCCGGGAUGCUUUUGUUUUCAGAAAGCGUGGGAAGGCCGAGGCGGUGCUGUACGGCGUCUUCUCCAGCGCAUGGGGCUCGUCAGCUGUUUGCACCUACUCUAUGAGCAGAAUUAGUUCCAUUUUCAAGACUUCAAAAUUCAAGGGUUUCGCUGGCACCGUUCCUGUGCCCAGGCCAGGCAUGUGUGUGGCACCGGAUUCCGCCCCACCCGUGCCCAAAACGACGUUGACCAUAAUUAAGGAAUACCCAGAAAUAGACACCGUCAUCUACCCGGAUGAGGAACACCCCCUGUAUGUCCUCCAGAAUAAUGACACGUACACACGAGUGGUGGUAGAUAGCGUGCAGGACGCCGACAAUACGUUGCAUGAUGUUCUCUUCCUUGGAACAGCCAAAGGGAAGAUCCACAAGGUCCUCCGGAGCAAAGAACAAACAGUAAUCAUUGCUGAGAUAAGUCCAUUCGAGAAAGAAAUGCCCAUCUCCUCUAUGAUCCUGGAUGCUACCAUGGGCUACUUGUACGUGAGCACCGAGACGGAGGUGACGCGCCUGCCGCUGACGGACUGCGACCAGUACAAUGAAAACUGCUGGAAGUGUCUCCUGGCCCGUGACCCAUACUGCGGGUGGGAUGUGAACAAGAAAAGCUGCUCUGCCAUCUCCCAGGGCGGAAACCACAGUGGCAGGAUGCUUCAGAGCCUGGAUUCUCCGAACAUUACAUACAUGUGCGAAACCGCGGAAGAAAAAUUAGCCCAGGAGGCCCUGAAAAAAGUGAGCGUCGACUCCACCACCUAUAUCUACCUGCCGUGCCCUCUGAGAUCUCACCACGCUAUCUAUACUUGGGUCAAGGACGACAAAACGUACCCCUGCUCCAUGGACGAGCAAUCUUGCACCCUUCGCUUCGGAGAGAGUACUCCGAUGGAUCAGGGCGUCUUCAAAUGUACCGCCAAGGAAGAGGGAUACCAAGAGGAAAUAACAGCCUUCAAAGUCACGCUCAACAGUGGUAGGAUCCCAGAGGUCUCCCUGGCCAUGGUGGCUAUGGGCGUUUUGUUCCUUACCAUAACGAUUCUCUUGCUAUAGGCCAGACUGGUAGAUAGGAGUGGAUCUCAUUACACUGCCAACUAAAUGUCCUUUUUCUUUUUUUAAAAAUCAUUGGCUCUGAAUACGUCUGGUCACUCCUGUUAAA